AUGGAUGACGAGUCUAUGAAUCGUUAUGAAAAACAGCUGUACACCGUAUUUAAAACAUUCGACGUAGAUAACGAGGAAGCCCUAGACAGAUCAGCGGUACAUGAGCUCUGUGACGCAUUGCAGCUGGAAGACCGAGGCGCGGCUCUCGUGCACACACUGUUCGAGCGACGCUCCGACAGAGUUACCUUCACGCAGUUCCGAAACGGACUCCUGGCCGUGCUCGGCGGCGCUGGCGGCGAAUCGGUUCCCGCUAACGUAGCUCCACCCUCAGCCUCUCCUCAAAGGGACCCUGGGCCCCAGCAAAGUGACGACGACUCGUCCGGUCGCGAGGUGGCUCCUAAGUUCGUGUUUGGCUCUAAAAAGUACGGGCGUCGGUCGAGGCCACCUCGAGUCGCUACGAACUCUGACGAGCCGGCCAAUGCUCGGUCAUCGUCGGCGUCCCGUAUCGACACCGAAGACAAAAGAUCGAGGCAGCGGAUGAAGUGUCGACGCAGUACCUCUGCGAUGGAAAGUCGCAAUGACAGCAGCGGUAUAGACGUCGGGAUGGAAGCCGGUACGCCCACCGAAACCUUCGAACACGACCGACGAAUCGACAGGGACGAGGCUCUGGCCCUAUGUCGCGGCUUACACAUGGACAGUAUCGACCGCCAUCUCGUCGACCGCAUAUUUGAGGACACCGGAACGACCGACACUACUGUCGGUGAAUUCUUCGAUCGGUUAAACUCGUCAUUGACCACAACGAUAGAAGAAACCACUCGCGAAUCGCGGGCUCCUGCGGCCGGCGGUGACGCUGCAAUCGAAUGCGGCGACGACGAGACGGGAGCCGGCGUGCCUAGCGAUCUGGUCCUAGAAGCGUUCGAACGAGCCGGUGUCCAGCAGCCACGCCGUCUGCUGGUCGAACUAGGCUUCGCUGCAUCAGCACUCCGUCCUCCCGAGCUCGAAAGAGCGCUCGACAAUGAACUGCGUGCGCUUCCUGAGGCACCGCCUGAACGCCGCGAGGCUCGUGCUUUACUCCUGACCGCCGCUCUCGCGCUCAGUCGUCUGCGUCAUGAGCUCGCUCGUCGUCGCGUCGAGAUCACCACUGCCGAGCGCGACAAACUUCGUGGAGACGUGAUCGAGGCCAAUAAACGCGCAGGAAUACUGGCGCAGGAAGUAGACGAGAGUCAGGCGCGUAUCGAGUCUGAGUUGAAGGCGAGCAUGCGGCGCGCCGAGGUUCGUCAAGCAGAGGCGUCGCGGCAGGCCGCCGCAGAAAUCGCUUCUGAGCGCGAACGAGCGGCUGCUAUAAGAAACCGACUCGAGGCGGAAAUAACGCGACGUUCUGAAGCAGAGUUGCGCGCCCGCAAUGAGGCAGAAGCUUCGCGGGAGAACGCUGAAGAGCUCGAGAUGCGGUUGAACGCGUUGGAGGAGCGAUCGGUGGCUGCAGAGCGGGAGUGCACGCGACUGGCCGCGGAGCUGCGCGAAGCGUUGGAGAGCGGCGCGGCGGCGGCUGCCAACUGCGGCGCGGCGGGCGAGCUGACCGCGCGAGUGGAAGAGCUGCGCGACGAGAACAAACUUUUACGAGAUCGCAAUGAUGAGUUGUGCGCCGCUCUCGAGGCAGCAGAGCGGCGCUCUGCGUCGCGGGCCAGCGAUUCCGCCCAGGGUGGAGACCUCUCAGCUGAACUAAAUUCGAUUUUACCACAGAUCCCCCCUGAGGAAUGUGAAUCAUCGCCCGUGAGUAUCGAUCAGAAGCUUUUGGGACAAGUCGAGUCUCUUAAAAGGUUCAGGGAGGUUUUCGAGUCUAUAGACACGGUCUUGGGCGUCGAUGGGAUCAAUUGUCAAUCGUGUGUCUCCAUCGCGAACUGUCUCCGUGAGCUGCAGGAGCGAGUGCGUGACUUCGACUACGGAUCAGCGUUAACGGCGGCUUCUCGUAGUGAUAGUGCCACACAGACGGACACUGCAGGCGGUUCGGAAAAUUUGCAGCAAGAUCUGCUGGACCAGGAACGUAAAAACGAUGACGAGAAACAGAAACUCACCAACUUAGUCAAGGACCUCGAGAUGAGCCUGGAACAGAUGAAAGCGGAGUACGAUAAGUGCGAGGAGUACUGGAGCAACAAGCUGGAGGAGGAGCGCGACGCCUACAACGAGGAGCAGCGGCUCGGCGACGAGCGUCUCUCGGAGCUGAUCGCCAAGAUCGCGGACUACGAGCGCCAGUUCACGCGCGCUCCGCUCGCGCUGCCCACCAUCGACGAGCGCCACAGCCUCGAGGCGCAGUUCACCGAUCUCGAUGAGGAGUUCGCGGUCUACCGCCGCACCAAGGAGGCCGAGCUGCAGGCCGCCCUCGCCGAGAGCGCCCGCCUCGCCGAGCGGGUCGACGCGCUGGAGCGGCGCCUCGCCGCGUCGGCCGCCGCGCCGCGCUGCUCUUCCCCCGGCCCUCGGCGCCGCCGCUCGCCGGCCUCGGCCCUCGGCGCGGCCGCGAGCGCGGGGCUCGGCGCGGGCGCGGAGGUGCGCGAGCUGCGCGCGCGCUGCGGCCGCGCGGAGGCGGCGGUGCGGCGCCUGCACGCGCGCCUGCAGGCCGCCGACUUGCUCGUCACGGACCUGUACGUGGAGAACUGCCAACUGGCGCACCGCCGCCCGCUGUGA